CCAGCGAGCAGUCAGAAGAGAUGGGCACAGAUUCCAGGCCGUCCUAGGCCUCCUUUCACCCUCAGGCCAGGGAGUGUCAAGUGCACUGGCUGGUUGCCUUCCUCCCUGUUUCUGUGGUAGCUGAAGACCACCCUGCCGGCUUGCAGGAUGGAGCAAGGCUGUGAGGAGAAGCAGGACUCAGUGUGCAGCCUGGUGGCUGUGUUUGAGAGCAACAGAAGGACCCUGGAAGCAACACCGGGACCCCACAGCCCCAAGGACCAGCCCCAGAGCCCUGAACACCAGCUGCCUCUGUCCCUACGGCCUUGGGAGGCGCCUCCUGAUGGGGAGGCCUUGAAAUCUGAGCUCCGGCCAGUCAGCAGGACAUAUCUGAGCUCCCUCAAGAAUAAGCUAUCAAGUGGGGCUUGGAGGAAAUCUCACCAGCCUGGGGCCAGCCCAGGGCCAGAGACUCAGGAACCCGAGGAGAAGAGGGUCGUGCAGGAACUUCUGGAGACGGAGCAGGCCUACGUGGCUCGCCUGCACCUGCUUGACCAGGUGUUCUUCCAGGAGCUGCUGAGGGAGGCAGGCCGGAGCAAGGCCUUCCCCGAGGACGUGGUCAGGCUCAUCUUCUCCAAUAUCUCCUCGAUCUAUCGCUUCCACGCACAGUUCUUCCUUCCAGAGCUACAGCGGCGAGUGGACGGCUGGACAGCCACACCCCGCAUUGGGGAUGUGAUCCAGAAACUGGCCCCGUUUCUGAAAAUGUACAGCGAGUACGUGAAGAACUUUGAACGGGCGGCGGACCUGCUGGCCACCUGGAUGGACAGGUCUCAGCCCUUCCAGGAGGUGGUCGCCCGCAUCCAGCGCCGCGAAGCCUCGGGCAACCUGACCUUGCAGCAUCAUAUGUUGGAGCCCGUGCAGAGAAUCCCGCGGUACGAGCUGCUGCUCAAAGAAUAUGUGCAGAAGCUGCCAGCCCAGGCCCCAGACCUCGAAGAUGCCCAGAGAGCCCUGGACAUGAUCUUCUCAGCUGCACAGCACUCCAAUGCAGCCAUUGCAGAGAUGGAGCGACUGCAGGGCCUGUGGGAGGUAUAUCAGCGCCUGGGCCUGGAGGAUGACAUUGUGGACCCCUCCAACACCCUGCUCCGAGAGGGCCCUGUCCUCAAGAUCUCUUUCCGCCGCAGCGAUCCAAUGGAGCGCUACCUGUUUUUGUUCAACAACAUGCUGCUGUAUUGCGUACCUCGAGUCCUUCAAGUGGGUGCCCAGUUCCAGGUGCGGACCCGCAUCGAUGUGGCCGGCAUGAAGGUGCGGGAGCUGACUGACGCUGAGUUUCCACACUCCUUCCUGGUGUCCGGAAAGCAGCGCACACUGGAACUGCAGGCCCGGUCCAGAGAGGAAAUGGUUUCCUGGAUGCAGGCCUGCCAGGCAGCUAUUGACCAAGUGGAGAAGCGGAGUGAGACCUUCAAAGCUGCUGUCCAGGGACCUCAAGGGGACACACAGGAGCCUGAGCCACAGGCGGAGGAGCUGGGUCUCCGAGCGCCUCAGUGGGUCCGAGACAAGAUGGUGACCAUGUGUAUGCGCUGCCAGGAGCCCUUCAAUGCCCUGACGCGUCGGCGCCACCACUGCCGGGCUUGUGGCUACGUAGUAUGUGCCAAGUGCUCUGACUACCGUGCAGAGCUGAAAUAUGACGGCAACAGGCCCAGCCGAGUCUGCCUAGCCUGCUACACUUUUCUCACCGGAAACUUGCUCCCUGACCGGAAGGAGGACAAGAGGCGGGGCAUCUUGGAGAAAGAGGCCUCAGCAAGCCCUGACCAGAGUCUGGUGUGCAGCUUCCUGCAGCUCAUGGGGGACAAGUGGGGCAGGAGCGGACCCCGGGGCUGGUGUGUGAUCCCGAGGGAUGACCCUCUUGUGCUGUAUGUCUAUGCAGCCCCCCAGGAUAUGAAAGCUCACACCUCCAUCCCCCUGCUGGGCUAUCAGGUGACUAGAGGGCCCCAGGGGGACCCUCGGGUUUUCCAGCUGCAGCAGUCAGGCCAGCAGUACACCUUCAAAGCUGAGUCUGAGGAGCUGCAGGGCCGCUGGGUGAGGGCUAUCAAGCGAGCUGCCAGUGGCCAGACCCCUGUGGGACCUGAUGAAGAGGACCUGUCUGACUGAUUGGAUCACAGCUAGCUGUCCUUCAUGACCCUUGCCCGUGACAGUCUUCCCAGGCUGCUGCUGCUGCCCUGUCACUUUAUCCCAAACUGGGCUACCCUGACCCAUCUGUCAUCUAUGCCCAGACGGUCCUUACUGACUCUGCAUCCAGCAGACACUUUGGGGUUCUUUCCUUCAGGAAGACACAACCACGCAUUCCGGCUGGCUGGGGGUUGGAAGGCCCCCUGGGCCAUG